AGAAGGAAGGGUAGGAGUCCAUUUCGCUUCCAGAACACUCUGGUACUGUGGAUGUACUGCGAUCUCAAAGCGCUUGAUGAUCGACUGGACAAACGCGUCGACGAAAUGCUCAAAGAAGGGGCUCUAGAGGAGAUGCGUGCAGUGGUAGCCGCACAUAGAAAUGAACAACUCACGAGAAUAAAGAGAGAACGCCGCGAGUUUGCUUCGGACACAACGGGCCCAGCAGACGAUACCACACCUGACUUCACAAAGGGAAUAUGGCAGAAUUUAGGUCUGAAGGAAAUGUAUCCGUAUCUGGUAGACUACAGGCGAGGAUUACAACGUGUGUAUAGAGAAUAUGAAGCGUGGAACUAGACGUUAUGCGCGCCGACAGCUCACGUGGUUGAGAGGCCAUUUCGCCAAUUACAUAAAACUACCUGCAAACACAUGGGCUGUUAACACAACGGGUGCGGAAAAGGGAGUACGAGAGCACCAAGCUGGGGAGUUGAUUGCUCCAGGAGUAGCAGAAGAAUGUGGAGAUCCGCUGUCGACUGUCAGCGGAGACAAUUCUGUGAAUACGACCGAACGUCCACUGGAAAAUGCUGGCAAUAGAGCCGCACCCUGGACAGUCGUACACAACGGGACUGUGAUCGAAAAAGGGACUGGACUUGGGAAGAAAGGGCCGGGUUUUAAGGACACAAACCUCGGCCAUACCGACGAAAAACUUGAGAAUGGACAUGGAAGUGAAAGCACAAAACCAGAUGUCUUAUCCUCAGACACGAUACAAAGUGUGCCUGUAGCAGUCAGACAUAUACCGAUCGAAUCGUCUACGACAACUGGCGUGUGUGCUGUGCAUUUGAAUGUUGCAUCUGAACCUGAGAUGAAUGUGUAUGUGAUCGAUAGUACAAACACCACUGAAUACACACGCACAGUGCUACCAAGAGCUAUGGCACUGGUGAAUAUGUUUCUGAGCGAGGAUAAAGGUCGUAUGAUGCCUCAUGUGGAUGUGGAGCGUGACUUGCCUGAGGAUAUAAGGGAAUCUCUGAAGAAAGCCAGCACACGGAUAGCUGACAAGAAGAAGCGGUAUUGUGACACAUGCGAUAUUAGCGUCUUAGGUGAUGAUGUGUGGAUGUCCCAUACAAAGGGCAAACGACACAAAGCGCUGAACAAGAGACUCAAGCAGAACGCAGAUGUGAUGUCUGACAAAUCAGAGACAACCAUUAAAAGCUAGCUAUAGCUGCUCCUACAUUAAAAAGAUCAUAUAACAGA